AUGUCCCCACUUGAGUUCUUUAUAGACUCGAAGAUGUUUGCACUUUCGUCGUUUGAAUUUGAAGGCAUGGUGAAAAUCCAAGCAAAGGCAGAUGUUGAGGAAAAGGUGCUGCGUAGUUUGGGUUGGACAAAACUAAACUUCCUUAACAAAAGGCGUGCGAGGAUUGAAAUCUGGUUUAGAGAUACAGAGGAGUCUGAAAUCCAGAUGUAUUACGAAUUUGGAAUAUUUAGCACAAUUUAUGGAGGCGAAGAUAUGCCAAAUUGGAUUACAAAUAGAAGUAUGGGGCCCUCAAUAUCAUUUACCAUCCCAUCACCUCCUAACAAGUUUAGAGGAUUAAAUUUCUGCUGUGUGCUGACCUCUGGAUUUAUGGAUCAGCUCCUUGAUUUGCCAGUGAUCAUAAUUAAUAAUAUAACAAAGAACCUCAUCUGGAUAUACCAACAUUACCUUGACAUUAUCUAUCUUGGUGACAAGUGUUUUACAUUGUUAAGCCAUUGGAUAUUUGGGAUGAAUGAGAUGGAAUGUGGUGACCACGUUACUGUUACUGUGCCCAUACCAUAUUUAUAUGUUGAUCAAGUUACAAAGGAGUGUGGGGUGGGUUUUGUUUAUGAGAAUGGGAGCAAGGAUGAAGAAGAAGAUGAUUUGGGUUAUUACAAGUCAUGGAAUCACAUCAUUGGUGGAGAUCUCACCGGAUUUCAGUUUAAAACAGGAGAAUACACCCUACACACCCGGAGAUUUAUGGACCAUGGCAAUGAAGUGGAUCAAUAUUUUCAUGAACUUGUAGACGGUGCCUGCUAUAAAGGUUGA